CCUUUAUGUACUGCUCCUUCAAAUAAGCAUCAAAACCUCAUGGGAAUAGCACAACCUCACAAUACUUCACAACGUAGAUUUUGGAGCAGCCCUUCUUCAAGGAAUGGAAAGCUUGAUUAAGCAAACAAGAUCAAGAUUUGGAGGUAGUAAAGACGAUAAAAACAGCAGCACAGCAGACAGGAAAGUCCCACCUCAAAAAACACAAUCCUUCAGAGAGAAGAAGAGAAGCCAAGGGUGGAUCAAGAAACAGUUAUCCAGACAAAUGAGUUGGGAGUAUGAUUUCAGCAGCUCGGAAUACCCUACUGCUAUUGCUGCAGCAGCUUAUGCCAUCCACUCUCUCGAUGAAUCAAGCUCGCGGGACAAAAAGGAGAGAGAUUAUGACCAGAACAACUCUUUGAGCAAGACAAAGAGUAGAGUUGAUGACAGAGAAGAAAAGCCUGGACCGCUCAAAAGUGCACUCAAGUCCUUCGAUGGAACUCCAAGGACAAGUUCUAAGGAUGAGGGUACGAUGAGUAAUAGGUUGCCCGAGAAGAAACCAACCAGGAAAAUAAGCUUUGCCGAUCUUGCUGAAAUUAGCAGCAACAAAGAUGAAAAGAUACCACUACAGAAGGACCCUGAGCGAGAUCCAUCGCUGAGACGGCCUCCAACUUUUGCAGACAAGCAGUUAAGUGUGGCUGAUAGCAGAAAACCGCUAAAGUCUCCUCCACCUCCACCUCCACCUCUGCCUCCAAUUGCAAGAAAACCUGGACCAGCAGAUUCUGCAGCUGCUGCAUGGGAGAAAGAAGAGAUGGCGAGUAUUAGAGAACGGUUUGACAAGCUGAGGGCCACGAUUGAUAACUGGGAGACGAAGAAGAAGAAGAAGGCUAAACGCAAGAUAGAAGGCAUAGAGCAGGCUGAAUUAGACAAGAGUAAAGCAAAAGCCAUCAAGAAAUACAACAGUGAGAUAUCAAGAAUUACAGGGAUCGCGAGCGGAGCCCGAGCACAGGCAGAGGAGAAUCGCCGGGUCGAGGAGCUCAAGGUGAAGGAGAAGGCCAAUAAAAUCAGAGCAACAGGAAAAAUUCCAGCAACUUGUUUGUGCUUUUGAAUUUCAUCAAGAUGGACUUAGAAAAUUGUAAAUUUGUAUGAUUUGUAACAUAAACAGAUUCCUUUGUGUUUGUAAUUU